CCAUUUGACCACCCCAAAAGGCUAUGCUGCGGAUCAUUGGACCUGCAUGGACAUCUGUGUGGGUUGCGGACUGUGAUGAGAAGGAUAAUUGCCACAGCAACGCAUGGCCGGGCCCGCUAGUAAGACUAUACAUUAAUAGUAUGGGUAUUAGUUAUUGAAAAGGAGGAUUAUGUUUAUAUUAUUAAUUGGCUAUUAAUCUGUAUGGUGAUGGUUGUGAUUGUUUGUUAUAUGAGUCUUCUCAGAGUGAUUUGAGGGCCCUGAAGUUACCGGUUGCUGACUGCGGAAGGGCUCCAGCUUCUUUAAUAACACUGCACAUUCAUAUUCGAGAGCUACAAGAAACUCCUGAAAAGAAAGAACAGACGACAUACCAAGGAACAACAGAACGGCAAGUCUGUUCAUCUUUAUAGGACUGGCUUGACCGAAGAAAGAAAGAAGGCCCAAACUUGAAGCCUUUUUUCAUAGCCAACUGAGAAAGGCAUCUUUUCAGAGUCGAAGGCUACCGAGUAGAUGAAGGAGAUGGAAGAACAGGACCCAGAAGGAGUGGAGCAUUGCAAGAGAGCAAGGAAAGGUCCCCGUCCCAUCCAAGAUGGGAGUGGUGUUGAAUUCUGGGAGGGAGCCGUGCCGGAGAUCUGGAACCAAGAGCCCCUGAACGCGGAAGUGCUUUGCCGACAUUCCCGGCAGUUCUGCUACCAUGAUGCUGGUGUGCCCCGAGAAGUUUGCAGCCAGCUGCAUGGACUGUGCAACCGCUGGCUGAAGCCGGAGAGGCACUCCAAGAAGCAGAUGCUGGACCUGGUGAUCCUGGAGCAGUUCCUGACCAUCCUGCCCCGAGAAAUGCAGCGCUGGGUUAGAGGAUGCUGUCCGGAGACCAGUUGCCAAGCGGUGGCCCUGGCAGAGGGCUUCCUCCUGAGUCAAGCCGAGGAGAAGAGGCAGGCAGAGCAGAGGUGGGGUCCAUCCGUGAAGAUGGAAAUGAAGUUCUCUGAGAUGAAAAGAGCUCCGCUGGAGGAAGGGCAGCCUGCCCAUGACCAGGAACGUGCCCAAAAUGCCCUCUCACGCAGCAGUGAAGAAAGAGUGUUGAUCCCUUCUCUUUGUGGAGGUGUGAAAACAGCAGCUGCACCUCCGGCCCAGGUAGGAGAGAUGAUCAGAGGACAGCCUGGUUCCCCCUCCCUUUCUCAGUCUCUGGUUUCCUUUGGGGAAGUGGCCGUGUAUUUCGGAGAGGCAGAAUGGGCCUUCCUGGAUCCAGGCCAAAGAGCUCUCUACGAGGCCGUCAUGCUGGAGAAUUAUGAGAGUGUGGCCUCUCUGGGAAAGGAAGAAAGAGUGUUGAUCCCUUCUCUUUGUGGAGGUGUGAAAACAGCAGCUGCACCUCCGGCCCAGGUAGGAGAGAUGAGCAGAGGACAGCCUGGUUCCCCCUCCCUUUCUCAGUCUCUGGUUUCCUUUGGGGAGGUGGCCGUGUAUUUCAGAGAGGCAGAAUGGGCAUUACUGGAUCCAGACCAAAGAGCUCUCUACGAGGCCGUCAUGCUGGAGAAUUAUGAGAGUGUGGCUUCUCUGGCAGAACAAGUAGAGGAGAUAGUUAAAGUAUUCCAGGGAUUCUCUGUGGAAAAAGUCAAGGAUCAAGAUUCCCAGGGAAAAUUUGAGGCUGGAGACAAGCCACAGAGUCAGGAGGGAAGCCAGGCAGACCAGAGAAGGGUUAACCCCAUUCUGUCCCAAGGAGGAGGCUUUUGUGAAGUCCCAAGAUCAACCACAAGAGAAAAGAAAGAAUACAUCCAUGUUAACCAGAGAAUCCUCUCCAAGCACAAUGAACACGAAAAUGUGGCCUUUAGAAAGACCUUCAGGAAGAACAUCAGUCUUAUUUCCGAGAGGCAAAUUCCACCUGGAGAGAAACUGUAUGAUUGCAUGAAGUGCAGAAAGACCUUCAGUCAGAAAUCAGCUCUUUCUUCACAUUUAAGAAUUCACGCAGCAAGAGAUGAACAGUGGUGUGAGGGAAAUGAGCAAAUGCAUGAGCUAUUACCAGAGAAAGAGAAGAAUGGAGAUUUGAAACGAAACUUCAGGAAUCAAGACAAACCAGAAAAGCAGACAGGAAGUCACAUGCCUGAGCAGAGGGAUAAAUCCAUUCCUGGUCAAGGACGGCAUUGCCAUGAAGAAAUCCACACAGUAGAGGAAACAUAUAAGUGCUUGGAGUGUAGAAUGAACUUCUCAGAUCAAAGCCAGUAUGAAAUCCAUUUGCAAAUGCACUGUGGAAAGAAGACACAUCAAUGUUUGGAGUGUGGCAUGACUUUCCUUAGCAGAGCAAAGCUCCUGAGGCAUCAAAGGAAACAUCAAACGGAGAAACCUUAUAGUUCCUCAGAGUGUGGCAGGAGCUUGUCACAAAAAUUAGAUUUUUUUCAUCACCAAAGGACUCGUUCAGGACAGAAGGCAUUAAUCUGCUUAGAUAGGAAAAUGAACUUUUCUGGUAAAAGAAAGGGUAAUGUACAUAUUCCAAAACACAGCAUAACGAGACCACAACAAUGCUUUCAGCACGGAAAGUUGUUCAGCUGCAGAUCAAAGCUCUUUGUGCACCAAAGAACCCACACAGGAGACAAACCUUUUGAAUGCAGAGAGUGUGGAAAGAGAUUCAGUCGGAGUGGCCAUCUUCAAGACCAUCAAAGAACUCAUGCAAAUGAGACACCUUUUGAAUGCCCAGAAUGUGGAAAAAGAUUCAGUAAGAGGAGCCAAAGAACUCACACAGGGGAAAAACCUUUUGAAUGCUCAGUGUGUGGAAAGAGAUUCAGUCAAAAUAGUAAUCUUCAAGAGCAUCAAAGAACUCACACAAAGGAGAGACCUUUUGAAUGUCCAGAGUGUGGAAAGAGAUUCAGUAUAAGUAGCGGUCUUCAACGGCAUCGAAGAACUCACACAAAUGAGAGACCUUUUGAAUGCUCAGACUGUGGAAAGAGAUUCAGUCGGAGUAGCCAUCUUCAACAGCAUCAGAGAACUCACACAAAUGAGAGACCUUUUGUUUGCUCAGACUGUGGAAAGAGAUUCAAUGGAAGUGGCAAUCUUCGAUGCCAUCAAAGAACUCACACAAAUGAGAGGCCCUUUGAAUGCUCAGAGUGUGGAAAGAGAUUCAAUUAUAGCGGUCAACUUCGAGAGCAUUACACAACUCACACAAAUGAGAGACCUUUUGAAUGUCCAGAGUGUGGAAAGAGAUUCAGUCGGAGUAGUAAUCUUAAACAGCAUCAAAGAACUCACACAAAUGAGAGACCUUUUGAAUGCCCAGAGUGCGGAAAGAGAUUCAAACACAGUGGCGAUCUUCAACAACAUCAAAGAAUUCACACAAACGACAGACCUUUUGAAUGCACAGAGUGUGGAAAGAGAUUCAGUCAGAGUGGUGGUCUUCAACGGCAUAAAACGACUCACACAAAGGAGAGAGUUUUUGAAUGAUCUGAGAGUGAAAAGAAAUUCAGUCAGAGUGGUGCUCUUCAACAACAUCAGCGAACACAGGGGAAAACCCUUAUGUUUGCUUGGAAUGUGGAAAGAUAUUCAAUCAGAGGGCCACUGUUCAACAGCAUCCAAAGAUCCACACAGGGGAGAAACUUUUUGAGCGCUCAGAAUAUGUAAAGAGUUUUAGCCAGUCUAGCAAUCUGGCCCGACACCUAAGAACCCAGACACAGGAGAAACCUUUUCGAGUUCCCAGUAUAAGGCCCCUAUCUCCUCUGAGGCACCCCAAUUUGAUCUAACCCUAACCCAUCUUCUCCUUUUUUGUGAAGAGCACCCUAUUAAAAUUCUGAAGUAGAAUGGGCAUACCUUUGGGAUAGGUAUGAGAGAGCCCAUCUGCCAGUCAUGGGCAGAGAACGUUCCAUCACAGAGGCAGGAGGUCACCAGGGCUUUUAUAUCCCUCUCUCCCAGUUCAAUGGCCUGUGAACAGCAGUAUAUCCACUUCAAGAGUAUUUCAUCAAACCAAAUCAUUUCCAGUUAACGGGCUACCACCUCUGAGCGAUCAAAGCAGCCUUCGCAUCUGAUCAACUUAGGCACAUCUGAUCAAUUCAGGCACACUGGGUGCUGUGAACAUCCCCAUCCACAUGGGGACGUCAAGGAUCAUGUUAAAUUCUUUGCGCUGAUUUUUGAGGGCAGUUACUUCAGACUGCUCAGUCGAAUUCAACUUUGAUUUUUUUCACUCAACCAUUAUCUUGGGAAAUUCUGUUCCCAUGUCAAACAAUGGGAUUUUCCCUAUAGAAGGGAAACCCAGGUAUGUGGAAGGGGGUUUCCAGGUUUCCCCACAUUACCUGGAUACCCCUGCAACCUCUUUGCAUCAAAACCUCCCCACCCAGCCCCGCAUCUGCACCCGAUUCCAAUAUCUCCCUCCCUCCCUCCCUCUCUCUCUCUCUCCCUCCCCCCUCCCUCUCCCUCUCUCUCUCUUCCUUGCCUUCCCCCACACCUUCUUAGUUUUUGCAUGUUCACCUACUGGGACUUAGGGAAUCAGCUUUGAUGUGCUUGGAGUAGAUUCUCUACUAUUUUACUUCGUUCAUUCUGUUUUGUAUAAAAUAAAAUUAAAAGUAUGAUCACUUCA